AAAGCAAGACGACAACUUCAAGAUCCUGCAGGUUCGUAACACAGAACAUUAUAUUUAUCGCUCGGCUACUCAUAAUAUUUCUGAAUGUGAAGAUACAGAGCUCAUGGGUUCCUUCAGGAGAUCAUCUGUUCUUUGCAGUGUCAUUCAAGGUCUGGCAGUUUGGAGUGUGGCUGCGGCUGGACAGCCGUGGUCAGUGACGAUUCCUAACCAGAUGUCCGCUCCGGUCGGGUCUUGCAUCGUCGUUCCUUGCUCCUUCACUCCCCCGACCGCUAACGAGGCCGUUGAAGUCACUUGGUACCAGUACGUCAAUCGUGGCUACCCGCUGGUGUACAGCGAAUCCAAACCGGGGGACGUCAUAGAUAAGUUUCGUGACAGCACGGAGUUAAUUGGCAGAGCGGGAAAGGGGAACUGCAGUCUCAAAAUCAACCCGACACGAGAAGCACAUAACGCUGAGAAGAUCUAUGUGUGGAUUGAGCCAAAUCAACUGGACGGCUACUUCUAUGAUCAGACGGUGACAUUAGAGGUUACAGAGAACGCCCCUCAGCCGGAGAUAAGGGUGCUGCGCAGUGAUCUAACAGAGGGGGAUGUGGUGAGACUGUCCUGUGAUGUCAUCCACACCUGCCCCCCUUCCCCCCCUUCCGUUUCCUUCCGCAACCACAGGGGGGUGCUCAGUUGGAGCCACAAUGAGCAAGAGGCGGGGCGUUGGCGCGUCUCCGUGGAGACGUCCUGGAAAGUGAACUCGGUGGACCAUGGGAGGGGCGUGACGUGUGAUGUCACACAUCCUGGCGGCCGGACAGCCAGGAGAGAGAUUGUGCUCCGUGUCACCUAUCCCCCGAAAUCUGUGAGUGUCCAUGGACCCCCAAACGCACUUCCACCUGGUGGAAGCGUGUCCCUGUCCUGCAGCAGUCAGGCCAACCCCCCUGCGACCUCCUUCCAGUGGUACCGUGUGGAUCAAGGCCAGCCCAAGCUAUUGGAGGUCAGCUCUAAGGACAUAAGAGUUAUGAAACUGGACCGCGACCAGAACCUGUACCGCUGCAAAGCCAGCAACAGCGUGGGGAGUGGCAGCUCGCCUGACUUUGAAGUCAUCAAAGAGUACCAGCCCUCCAUAUCCGAGGCCUCGGGGUGCUCCUUCUAUGCUGGGGCUGUGAGCUGCUGGUGUGAGGCUACGGCUAGGCCCUCGGCCUCCCUGCGGUGGAGGGUGGACGGGGUGACCCAGGCGGCCAGCCCCGCCCGGCCCAGCACCACCAGCGUGCACACGGUGAGGGGAGAGUGGGCCGGCAAAGCCGCCACCGAGCAGGUGAGCGUCACCUGCGUCUCCAGCAACCGGCACGGCCAGAAGGAGCGCCUCCUCAGGGUGUAUGUGAAAGCGCCUCUCUCUAAUGUGAUGGUGACCCAGCACCCGUCCCACCCCCGUGAGGGAGAGGGGGUGACCCUGUCCUGCACUGGACAGGGCUACCCACCGGCGUCGGGAUACCGCUGGUACCUGGGGCGGGACGGGCAGGAGAUCGGGCUGGCGGAGGAGUCCAGCGAGCUGUCGGUCCGUCCCGUGGCCAGAGACUCCGGACCCUAUCGAUGCACCGCCCGGAACCAGAUCGGCGAGUCCAGCUCCCCCGUCACUUCGGUCAACGUGGAGUACCAGCCCUCCAUAUCCGAGGCCUCGGGGUGCUCCUUCUAUGCUGGGGCUGUGAGCUGCUGGUGUGAGGCUACGGCCAGGCCCUCGGCCUCCCUGCAGUGGAGGGUGGACGGGGUGACCCAGGAGGCCAGCCCCGCCCGGCCCAGCACCACCAGCGUGCACACGGUGAGGGGAGAGUGGGUCGGCAAAGCCGCCACCGAGCAGGUGAGCGUCACCUGCGUCUCCAGCAACCGGCACGGCCAGAAGGAGCGCCUCCUCAGGGUGUAUGUGAAAGCGCCUCUCUCUAAUGUGAUGGUGACCCAGCACCCGUCCCGCCCCCGUGAGGGAGAGGGGGUGACCCUGUCCUGCACUGGACAGGGCUACCCACCGGCGUCGGGAUACCGCUGGUACCUGGGGCGGGACGGGCAGGAGAUCAGGCUGGCGGAGGAGUCCAGCGAGCUGUUGGUCCGUCCCGUGGCCAGAGACUCCGGACCCUAUCGAUGCACCGCCCGGAACCAGAUCGGCGAGUCCAGCUCCCCCGUCACGUCGGUCAACGUGGAGUACCAGCCCUCCGUAUCCGAGGCCUCGGGGUGCUCCUUCUAUGCUGGGGCUGUGAGCUGCUGGUGUGAGGCUACGGCCAGGCCCUCGGCCUCCCUGCGGUGGAGGGUGGACGGGGUGACCCAGGAGGCCAGCCCCGCCCGGCCCAGCACCACCAGCGUGCACACGGUGAGGGGAGAGUGGGUCGGCAAAGCCGCCACCGAGCAGGUGAGCGUUACCUGCGUCUCCAGCAACCAGCACGGCCAGAAGGAGCGCCUCCUCAGGGUGUAUGUGAAAGCGCCUCUCUCUAAUGUGAUGGUGACCCAGCACCCGUCCCGCCCCCGUGAGGGAGCGGGGGUGACCCUGUCCUGCACUGGACAGGGCUACCCACCGGCGUCGGGAUACCGCUGGUACCUGGGGCGGGACGGGCAGGAGUUCGGGCUGGAGGAGGAGUCCAGCGAGCUGUCGGUCCGUCCCGUGGCCAGAGACUCCGGACCCUAUCGAUGCACCGCCCGGAACCAGAUCGGCGAGUCCAGCUCCCCCGUCACGUCGGUCAACGUGGAGUAUGCCCCUCUUAUUCUCCGGAACUCCAGUUGCACCCUGGGUAACGGGCAGUGGAGGUGUGAGUGCAUUGUGGACGCCAGCCCCCCAGCGAAGGUCACCUGGUCCUCCGUGGGCUCCUCCACUAAUGAGAGCGGCAACACGUUGUCCACGCUCAGUGGGCGGGUCCUAAGGUCUGUCCUCACUGGACCAAUGGGAGACGGGGGCCACCGUUUCUACUGCAAUGCCACCAAUGAGCACGGAGACGACUUCUACCUGCUACAUAUCACAGUGGAGCAUUUUGGAAAGUGGGGAAUUGUCCUUGGAGCAAUCGGUGGAGCUGUGCUCAUAUGUCUUCUAUUGGGAGCAUUUUUAUAUUGUAAACGCACUAAAAGGCGCCCCAAACAUGCAGACCUUUCCCUAAAAGAAGUGAAAUGUGCUGGAGAGGAGGAAGUGAAGAUUGACAGUUUGUACUCAAAUAUAAGAGCAUGCCCUCCUGCCCAUGCACUGCCAGAGAGUAUGUACGAGGUGGAAGACGCACCCAGGUAUCAGGAAAUGAAGAGACAACCUUCAUAUGAUGACGAUGUGUACCAAAAUUACUGAGAUCUGCAGGACAAUCACAGCUGUCGGUCAUCUGCUUCCAGAUCAAAAGCGCUUCAGUGUACUCAGCAUUCAUAUUUUACGGUAUUCUCUGAAGUAAUCAGUGGACACUCAUUUCAUGCGUUUAUAACCUUAGUUCCAAUGGGUGCCAUUUUGGACACCAGAUGGCGCCAAAGGUACAUAAUUUAAAAAAUAAUAAUAAUUAAAAAAAACAGCCAGCACACCCGUUGCCCAUUAUCAUA